AUGAAGUCCAGAAACAAUUCGUUCGAACCCCAGCCGGAGCUGCAGGAGCUGCUGCAGAAGCCGCACAGCCUCAAGCUGAUCCCUGACGGCAAACGCGCAACAAAACGGGAAUAUGACUUGCCUUAA